GGCCCCUUUAAGACGCGCCCGGUCACAUGACCGCGCCCGGCACGUGGCCUCGCCGCCAAUAUGGCGGUGUCCACUGGGCUGUGUCGCUGUCUCUUCCCGCUGCUGCUGGGAAUCGGAAUGGUGGCGGUCACCGGCACCCCCGGCAUCCCCGGCAUCCCCGGCAUCCCCGGCACCCCCGGCAAGCGCGGCAACCCCGGCAUCCCUGGCAUCCCUGGCAUCCGUGGCAUCCCUGGCAUCCCCGGCAUCCCCGGCCCCCGUGGCGCCCCCGGCACGCCCGGUACCCCCGGCACCCCCAGCACGCCCGGUACCCCCGGCACGCCCGGCACGCCCGGCAGCCCCGGCACCCCCGGCACCCCUGGCGCCCCCUGCACCCCCGGCAAGCCCGGCACCCCCGGCACCCCCGGCACCCCCGGCAAUCCCGGCACCCCCGGCACCCCUGGCACCCCCGGCACCCCCGGCACCCCCGGCGGCUGCAGCGCCGGCCGGGCCCCCAGGGACGGGCGGGAGGCAGCGGCGCGGCGAUACUCGGCGGCGGCGGCGGGCAGCGGGCGGAGCGCCGAGCUGGGGCCGAUGGUGCUGAUUCCGGGAGGGGUGUUCACCAUGGGCACCCACGAGCCUGAAAUCCAGCAGGAUGGAGAGGGGCCUGCCAGGAGAGUGCACAUUGACAGCUUCUACAUGGACCAGUACGAGGUCAGCAACCAGGACUUCGAGAGAUUUGUGAAUUCCACGGGCUACAUCACUGAGGCAGAGAAAUUUGGUGACUCCUUUGUGUUUGAGGGGAUGCUGAGUGAAGCAGUGAAGGCUGACAUCCACCAGGCAGUGGCAGCUGCUCCCUGGUGGCUGCCUGUGAAAGGAGCCAGCUGGAAGCACCCCGAGGGCCCUGACUCCAGCAUCUCCAGCAGAAUGGACCAUCCAGUCCUUCAUGUGUCCUGGAACGAUGCCAUGGCCUUCUGCAGCUGGGCAGGGAAGCGCUUACCGACGGAGGCUGAGUGGGAAUACAGCUGUCGAGGGGGCCUUGAGAACAGGCUUUUCCCGUGGGGCAACAGAUUGCAGCCCAAAGGGCAACACUAUGCCAAUAUCUGGCAGGGAGAAUUCCCCACCAAUAACACAGCAGAGGAUGGCUACAAGGGGACUGCACCUGUCUCUGCCUUUCCCCCCAACGCUUACGGCCUCUACAACAUGGUGGGGAACGCCUGGGAGUGGACAUCUGACUGGUGGGCUGUGCACCACUCCCCACAGGAGCUCCACAACCCUAAAGGGCCGUCCUCGGGCACAGACAGAGUGAAGAAGGGUGGAUCCUACAUGUGCCAUAAGGGUUUCAUGGAAUUUAUGAAGAGCAACACCUGAUGUUCCUAAGGACCUCUUUUUGCUUAGCUUGGGAUUAAAACAAUCCUACUGCUACAGGUACCGCUGUGCAGCUCGGAGCCAGAACACCCCCGACAGCUCCGCGUCCAACCUGGGCUUCCGCUGUGCCGCCACCGCCCCGGGGCUGCACUGACACCGCCACGCGCCCGGGGACAGCAAGCGCUGUCCACCCCAGGGAGAAGAAACAUCAGCUGCAUCCCUUGCUGAUGACACACAAUGGAAAAACCUUGCUUGAAGUUCCUGCUGAGGGAAGGAAAACCAGCACGACUCAACGGCGCUUGGAGAACCUUCGUGUUCAUGAGCAGCUCCUGACCCCGGAGUGUUUUGGAUUCAACCGGAACCAAACUGAGCAGAAACAUGCCAAUCCUGUUUUCAAAGAUUACUUAAUCCCUGUAUUACUCAGGCUGGAAAAGACCUCCAGAAUUAUUGAGUCCAACCUUUGACUGAUCACCACCUGGUCAACUCCAAGUUCCUCCUUAGACAAGAUCUUUAUUAAUCAGUUUUAUUUAUGUAGAGCUUCUACACUUAAAUGCAAUAAGCAAAGACUUUGUAAACAUCUAGACAGGUUUAAAAGAAAUUCUAGGCAGCUUUGAGAGAGAAUGAAGAAGUCAGGAAUGAGGGCUGGAAGAUGACAGCUCUCCCCACAGGCAACUCUCCCUUUGCUACAUUCCACUUGCAGUGAAAAUCAUGUCCAGAAAUGGGCUUCUUCUGAGGAGAUACUUGCUGCUCUUUAGGAAGUGCCUUCUGCAGCUGAAGGUCAUGAUCCUCAGGCUGAUGAUGAUUAGAAAUCUUGUACAUAUUUGAAUAAAAUACCAAGCAUUUGUUUAUGCCAAAGACUUUUAUUGAUGGAAAAACACUAUUUCCUCUGAAUUUCUUGGAUGCAGUGUAGGCUUAUUUUAGGGACUUGGAAAAUGCAAAACU